AUGUUCGUGUUCAGCAUUGUUGUAUAUUUUACAAUUAUUAUUAAUGCACUGUUAUGUAUACCAAUCGAGCAAGACUCAAUGCCAUCGAUCGAUGAAUCUAUUGCAUCUGCAUCUGAAACAAAACAAAAGUUGACAUUGGAUGAAUUUUUCGAUUAUACAACUUUCCUGCACAUGUCAUUUUCACCCAAUGGUCAAUAUCUACUUUAUACAACUCAACGUCCAUCGCCUAUUACUGAAUAUCAUGCGUAUGGCCUAUGGUUGUACAACAUUCAGACGAUGGAAACAACCCAUAUCACAAAAUAUCUCGAACCAAAUGUAAAUCCGCAAUGGUCACCGAGCAGUAAUUUUAUAACAUAUGUUUCAUAUGAUAAAUACGUAUCCCACACAGCAAAUAACUUGCCUGGUGCAUUUGGAAGUCGAGCAAACUCAUCCGAUCAAUUCAAACACGGCUUUUCUGUCUAUUCAAUUGAAUUACGUAUUAUUAUAUUCAUUCCACUUGGAUAUUCAAUUCCAACUUCUGUUACAUGGUCUCAAAAUGCUUCAACUAUUUAUGUACUUCAAAAUAUAGAAUUGAAUGGAGCUAAGCUGAAAGGAGAACUGAAACAAUCUGAUAAAGAAUCAAAGCUUUAUAGUGUACGUCUUAGCGGAACAAAUGGUGGUAUAACUUACACAACAAAUCUUCUUCAAACAAUUCCACUUCAUAUUCGCGAGUUAUUGCUUGUACCGUCCGAAAACAAGUUCAUUUUCAUCAGCAAGGAAUUGACUAAUAAAAACGUGGAAACCAAUGAAAUCUAUUCGCUCGAUCUGAAAGAUAAUCCAAUAAUUAGCAGAUUAACACACGAUGAAGACGAUGAUCGAAAGUUGCAAUUGUCUAGCGAUGGUAAAACUGUCUUUUUUACUAUAAAUAUUGAUAUGAACGAUGAUGAUGAUGUUGUUAUUCAAGAGCUAUACGCAUUAGAUGUAAAAAAUGGAACUAUGCGUCGUGUUGGAAAAAAAUCUGAACUGCACAUCAUAGAUUACACUGCAAAAGUAGAUGGUGGCGUGUAUAUCCUUGGUCAAUGGAGAACACAAAUACAAGUCUAUUCAGUACAAUCAAUAGAUGGAGAAUGGGUACGUCAUGACGGAAUUCCCGGAAGUUACACUUCGGUUGCCUCGUCCUCGAAUCCAAACUGUGCCUUAGCUUUUGUUUACUCAUCAUCACAACGACCUAUGGAGAUCUACUGUGCACAAGAUGUUAAAAAUCUAGUGUCGGCAAGACAGAUUACUAACGAAAAUAAAUUAUUUACCGAAAGACAUCUGCCAGAAACCAUCGUAUACAAUUGGACUAGUAAAAAUGAUGGUAAAACAAUAGAAGGAAUAUUGCAUUAUCCACCUGGUCAAUUUCAAUCGAAAAAUUUACCUCUUCUCAUUCUGAUUCACGGUGGUCCCCUAGAUGCAAGCGUAGAUAAGAUCGAACCAUUUCAAUCUCAUUGGGCAUUAUUUGCAGCUACUGAAGGUUGGCUAGUCUUCGAGCCUAACUAUCGUGGAUCAUCAGGAUACGGCUAUGAUUUUACAGGAGGAAUGAUUGGAAGACCUCAUCAUGUAGCAGGAACUGACAUUCUUUCAGGAAUGGAUCAAUUAAUUGCCGAUGGCAUUGUUGAUCCAUCUCGACUUGCUGUUGGUGGUUGCAGUUUUGGUGGUUCGUUGACAAACUGGUUGAUUACACAAAGAAAUGAUUUCAAAGCUGCUCUCUCCUGUUCUGGCAUAGUUGAUCAAGCUACAGAUUGGGGUUAUACGGAUGGUCCUACAUUCUACUCGACUUAUUUCAAUGGAACACCGUGGGAAUUGGCUAGUACAUAUCAGAAUGAAUCACCGCUUUAUCAAUUAAACAAAAUUCGUACACCAACACACAUCAGCACUGGCGCGCUUGACAAACGUGUUCCUGCUUUUCAAAGUUAUAUUCUGGAGCGUGGUCUUCGUACUCUUGGAGUACCUGUUCAAUUAUUAACUUUUCCAAAUGAAGGACAUUCGUACUACAGUGUUGAAAAUAUCAAAAAACAAAUUCGAGACGAACUAAAAUGGUUAAACAAAUUUGUUCUACAACUGGAAGACGAAAUUUAA